UCUCUUUGGAAGCUUUGCAAUGAAAGCCCAUGACUCCAUGAGAGUCGAGAGUUGAAACUUUAUGGAAUCAUGAAACCGUGUUUGAUGAUUUGAUGUGUCCUUCUCUCUCUCUCUCUCUCUCUCUCUCUCUGUAUACAUCAACAGCUAAAAACAACUCGUCAUCCUCUUUCCUGGAUUGAAUAUGUUCAAUAAAUGCACGUUAUUCUGGGCAUUGAUGAAGAAUACCAUAUAGAUAUUAGAAGGAACCGUUUUCGUUGAAGAGAUAGUGUUCUCUCUCUCUCUCUUCUUUUCUUGGGAAAACUCGUUUUUUGGUUGUUCUAGUCAUGGCCGGAGGAGGAGGUGGAAACUCCCAUGAGAGGGAGCUUGAUCAGACACCCACAUGGGCCGUUUCCACUGUUUGUGCGUCUAUCAUUAUUAUCUCCAUUGUUUUGGAAAAGGGUCUUCACAGGAUUGGAGAGUUUUUUACGAAAAGAAACAAGAAGGCUCUGUUUGAAGCUCUUGAGAAGGUUAAAGCAGAGCUGAUGGUUCUAGGUUUCAUUUCUUUGCUUCUGACAUUCUGCCAGAGCUACAUUGCCAGAAUAUGCAUUCCCUUAAAGUUUGCAAAUACAAUGUUGCCUUGCCGCUAUAGAGGGAAGGAUCACGCCGGAGAGGAGGAACAUCAUCGGAGGCUUUUAUGGAAUGAACACAGAUUCUUAGCUGGUGGUGCUGAAGAUGCCAGAUGCAAAAAAGGUUAUGUGCCACUUAUCUCCGUUAACGGGUUACAUCAAUUGCACAUCUUCAUAUUCUUCUUAGCAGUCUUUCAUGUAAUGUUCAGUGCAAUAGUGAUGAUGCUUGGAAGACUAAAGAUACGUGGAUGGAAAGAAUGGGAAAAUGAUUCAUCACAUGAUUAUGGGUUUUCCAAUGAUCCAUCAAGAUUCAGGCUUACUCAUGAGACAUCUUUUGUGAGAGCUCACACCAGCGACUGGCUUAAGACUCCAUUUGUCCUUGUCUUUGUUUGCUUUUCCCGACAAUUUUUCAGGUCUGUUCGUAAGGCUGACUAUUUGACUAUGCGCCAUGGAUUUAUCACAGUGCAUUUGGCUCCAGGAAGUAAGUUUGACUUCCAAAAGUAUAUUAAAAGGUCACUAGAAGAUGAUUUCAAAGUAGUGGUGGGAAUCAGUCCGGUGUUAUGGGCUUCGUUUGUAGUCUUUUUGCUGUGCAAUGUUAAAGGGUGGCAUGCAUUGUAUUGGGAAGCCACAAUUCCUCUAUUUGUAAUGUUAGCAGUUGGAACUAAGCUUCAAUUGAUUGUAAUGCAAAUGGCCCUUGAAAUCCAAGAAAAACAUGCAGUGGUUCAGGGAAUUCCUCUUGUGAAAGUCAGUGACAAGCACUUUUGGUUUGGCCGGCCUAAGUUGGUUCUGUAUCUUAUCCAAUUUGUUCUAUUUCAGAAUGCAUUCCAAAUAACAUAUUUCUUGUGGAUAUGGUAUGAGUUUGGAUUGGAAUCUUGCAUCCAUGAGAACUUGAAGCUUAUAAUCAUAAGAAUGGUUCUCGGGAUCGGAAUCGAGGUUAUGUGUAGUUACAUAACCCUCCCCCUCUAUGCCCUUGUAACUCAGAUGGGAUCAACUAUGAAGAGGUCUAUAUUUGAUGAGCAGACAAACAAGGCCCUUAAGAAGUGGCACAUGACUGCUGUAAAUAAGGUGAGGCCUGGAGGGGAAAACUUUGGUGCAUCAACUGGGCAAUCCCCACGUCCCGGCAUCAAGACUAAUGAUGGGCGCUCAGUACACUCCGAUCAUGAAUUAUCUGAAAUGGAAGCUAAAACAUCACCCCAACCAUCAGCAGCCAACCUGAUAGCUGAUGUGGACAAUGGUCGUCUGCCGCCUGGAACAAGGGAAUAGCAGCACCAUGAUGGAGAAAAACGCCAUAAUGAAGAUGAUCUACUAUAUUUACGAUGGAGACGUAUUAUAUGCUGUUGCCAUGGUUGAGACUGCAUUAGAGGUGGUUGUGGUGGGAUCAGUUUUCUACAUCCAUUUAAAUACAGUGAUUAGGACAGGUCUUGGGGGUUUAGCUGAGCGCGAGACUUUUUUUGUACACUUGACAUGCUUGUUCAUAAGUGAGUAGUUGUUGGCCUAUACAUUUGUUGAAGCAAGAUGCUUGGUUAUGGAUCAGUGGAAAACAAGUAGUUGUAAGCGGUUGCAAAUGUUUCUUUCGGGACUGUAGUUUGGGUUUGUUUUAGAUAUGAGAAGUUAUAGACCAUCUGUUGAGCUCUGAGUGAUCAACCCAAGCGCCAUGGUUAGAAGUACUGUUAUCUUUGGGAGUACAAGUCAAUCUUAAGGGGUGUACUGUGGAUGCAUAUGGAUAUGCCAAAAUACGAGUUACUCUUUUAAGGAAAUAUUUGUAGAUGUGA